UUUCUCUUGUUCUAAUUCGUUCCCCUGCUCUGUCCAUUGCAGUUACCGGUGGCAGGUCGGAGUCACGAGAACGGGUUUCCCGACGAGAAAUGAAGGAAGGAUCGGCGGAGCUGCAAUGAUCGCAUCUUUUUGCUAUCAUUUCUCGGAUUAGCGGAGAAAAUGUGUUCGUGUUUUCUGCGUUCGAGCUAGGAAUUUUGGGUUCUCGGUCGGGGAAUGAUGUGACUGCUCUCCCUUUUAAUGUUGAAAGAUUCGAUCUUUUUGGCGGAAACCUCGCUAUUUUGUAGUUCUUGAGGUUCGGAGCUCCCAAAGUUGCGCUUUCUUGCUCUUCCUUUUUCAUGUUUUAUCUUCCUUUUGUGUUCUUGGAAUGGUCACUGGGAGCCCACCGAUGAUCGGCAGCGGCGGAGAUGGUUUUGGUGGAGAGGAUUUGGGCUUUCUCCUUAGGGAGCAAAAGGGGAGGGAUCGAGAGAGGGAGCUCAGGAUUUUCCGCAAUGGCUCCGCUCCACCCACGGUCGAGGGCUCUCUCACCGCCAUGGGAGGGACAUCUGGGCGCCAGGUCGCGUCCGGCAUUUCAGAUUUUCCGGCGGUAAAGAACGGGAAUGGGUUUUCAACAGGGCAGGAACUCCUAUCCGAUCCGGCAUGUGUCUCCUACCACCACUAUCACGUGAAUCUCAACUCUCGGCUGCCGCCACCGGUGCUCUCCAAGGAGGACUGGAGAUCCACGCAGAGGCUUCAGUUGGGGAUCUCCGUUAUGGGCAGGGAUCGAGGAUUCAAAGAAAACCAACUGCGAGGAGGAAGAGGAGCUUUGUCGACGUUGUUCAGACACAUAAAUGAUGGUGACUGUGACACAUGGAUGCGGUCUAUGACAGCUCAUGGAUGCUUUGUAGGUUCCAUAUUGUUCCUGUCAGAAAUCAACAAGGUAAACAUAUUGUUCUUAUCGGUAGCCUAUGCCAAUAAGAAAAAUUCAAAUUGCAUGCCACUGGAAAUGUUUCUGUAAUCCUUGAAUUUUUUUGUCCAUAUAAAAGACCAUCAUUCUUCCAUUCACAUUAUGUUUCUUCUGAUAUCUGCUGCACGGCUGCCCUGCAUCAAACCCCAUGAACCAAGUACAUGUGAUAAACCAAGAGACCUUUUGAUAAACUUCUCAGAAAGCUGUCGGAUGCAAAUUUGUAUUUUGGACUGAAAUACCUUUAUUAUCACAAGAGACCUUUGGAUAAACUUCUCAGAAAGCUGUCGGAUGCAAAUUUGUAUUUUGGGCUGAAAAACCUUUAUAUCUAUGGAAUAUGGAUACUUUAAUAUGUUUGCCAUAUUUGUGCUCCGAACAUGCUGGAUAUUGUUACUUGUUGUACCUAUGUCUGAUAUCUUCUGUUUGUAGAGGAUAUAACAUAUUCCUCUAACACUUGACAUAUCAGUGCAUCAUUAGUAGAAAGCUCCAAGUUUGAAUCUGAAUGAUCUUCAAAACCUGAAUUCAUUGUUAGACAUUCCGAGGGCAGUAUCUCUUUCUUGGUACUUUGUUUUUUGGUUGAUAAUUGAGUUGAGUAGCUACAAGACAGUCUAAUUGACUUGCAUUAUUUGUCCUUUAUUUCUCUUCAUGGGUGGCGGUGGUCUAUGAUGAAAGACCAGUUUGCUAACUACAUUGCACAGAAAGUAUUAGAGACUCAGGAUGAUCAGCAACGAGAGCUGAUCGGCUUGCAAAUAAAGAUCCACUUGAAUACCCUUAAAAAAUAUAUUUACAGGAAGCAUGUAGUUCCCCAUGUGGAGAACUCAUUGUAGCUGGAGGUUAGUGCAUUGAUUUCCUUUAUUGUUUCUUUCAAUUCAUAUAUUUCAUACUGUAACUGGAAUGGCUUCCUACGGAUUCUCGAAAGGUUUUGCUUUCAAGAAAGCUAUGCCUUCUCAACACAAAUAUUAGACAUGCACAGGACAUAGGUGAUUCUUUUUAGACAUGCAGGAGCUUCUUAAAAUUUCACAUUUUUCCUUUCACUUUGACCUAUCAAAACAAGUUUGCAAUGUUGUUUUCUACUGCAGAGAGGUGAAUCUCUUGUGCCGGCACGGGGAUGAAACUGAAACUGUAUAGCUAACCGAUGCUAAUUUUGAGUCCCUCUUGAUCUAUUUAGGUAUGUGCAAGCUGCUGGGUUGGAAAUAAGAAUACUGCCCCACAAAGGAAGAAAAGUCUGCUCGAUGUUUCUCUCUUUACUUCUGUUUCUUCUUUUAUUUGAUUAUGGGAUUGUAUGUGAUGAUGUACAAUUUUCAAAUGCAAUCGAUUCAUCCUCUUUCUCCUCUCCUGUAAACUUUGACACUCUCUCUGUAAUCAAUGACACAGUUAUCAUAUCAGAAAAACAACAGCAUGAGCUGCUACCCUUUGAAUGGUUCUUGAGAUUCUGCAGGACUUGUAAAUUAUGAUCCUCAUGAAAAUUGAGAUCUC